CCGAAUCGGGCGAGAAGCCAUCAUGGCGGACAGGAUUGCGCAGCUCCGGGCGGAUGGGAUCCAGAAGCGGUUGGUGCAGGAAGGCCGGGGACCGACGCCUGAUUACCAAGACGGUACCAAGGUUACCUUCCACUACCGCACCAUGCUUUGCAGUUCAGAUCAGAAAGUACUAGAUGACAGUCGUACCCGGGACAAGCCUAUGGAGCUGAUCUUCGGCAAGAAAUUCAAGCUGCCUGUCUGGGAAACCAUCUUGCACAGCAUGCAGGAGGGCGAGGUGGCUGAAUUCUUGUGUGACACAAAGCAUGUGGUCUUAUAUCCGAUGGUGUCCAAGAGCCUGAGGAACAUUGCAGCUGGGAAAGAUCCUCUGGAGGGACAACGACAUUGCUGUGGCAUUGCCCAGAUGCACGAACAUCAUUCGCUGGGUUAUUCAGACCUUGAUGAGCUCCAGCAGAACCCACAGCCCCUCAUCUUUGCCUUUGAAGUGCUCAAGGUGGAAAGGCCUGGCAUGUACCGGCAGGAUCCAUGGGCUAUGUCAGAUGAGGAGAAGUUGAAGGCUGUGCCCCUGAUCCACCAGGAGGGCAAUGAGCUCUACAAGGAAGGCAAAGUGCAAGAAGCGGCUGCCAAGUACUACGAUGCAAUCGCUUGCCUGAAGAACCUGCAAAUGAAGGAGCAGCCAGGAUCUCCUGACUGGAUCCAGCUGGACCAACAGAUUACUCCUUUAUUGUUGAAUUACUGCCAGUGUAAACUGCUGACUGAGGAGUACUAUGAGGUGCUGGAUCACUGCUCCUCCAUUCUCAACAAGUAUGAAGAUAACGUCAAAGCCUACUUCAAGAGAGCCAAGGCUCAUGCAGCCGUCUGGAAUGCAACUGAGGCUCAGGCCGAUUUUGCCAAGGUUUUGCAGCUGGAUCCAUCGCUGACCCCAGUGGUAACCCGGGAACUUCGCAACUUGGAGACCCGCCUGCGUGCGAAAGAGGACGAGGAUAAGAUCCGUUUCAAAGGCAUCUUCUCCCAGUAGUCCUUGGACCGGCUGCUGAUGCUCUUGCUCAGGACAGCUCUGGCUUUAUAUAUCAGCCUGUCUAGGGAGAAGUUGUAUAAAUGUGGUGUGUGGCUCCUUGUCAGGCUUAUCCCCACCCUCCACACUAACCUUGGAGGGAGCCAGCUUUUCUUGCCAACAGAGUUUGUACUCUCAUGCCAAUAGCACUAUUUGCUACUGCCAGGGUUAGGUAUGGCAAGAAAGGCAUUUCAGAUUCUCAAAGCCAAAGCAGGGUGGAAAGCAUGUCCAGAAAUGCAUCUGCCACUUAGGUGGGAGCCUAUCGUUCUCCUGUAAUUGAUUUUAUUCUCCUGUCUCGCCACACAUGGUGCCUUUUGGUCAUCUGAGCACAAGGAAGGAAAGUUACUUUCUUGGGCUGGUGUCUUAAGAAAGGGCUGGCAGAAGCUCUGGCUGAAGGGUUUGCUUUGAAUCGAGGCUUCUUUUCCAUCUCCAAAUCUUCUUUCAGCUGCCAGAGAAAAGGCCGGGCAUAGGAGCAUCCGAUCUCUAUAAACAGCAAUGGCUUCCAUGUCUGUGGAUGUGGGCAAGAGAAAAGGGGAUGCCAAGAACGACAAGGUCUGAGAGGUGAUGGGCUCUUGAAUAUCAUCCCUGCUCCCUCUCUUUGAGAGUCACGCAAAGCUCAUACACAAUCUCAGUUAGGUGCCCUUUGCUGCUACUUGAAUAUAUAGGAUUAUACCCCGUAAUCCCCCAGCCACAACUUUCCUGCCUAAAAGAAGCAUAGCAAGCGUCUCUGUUGCAAGUUAAGAAGGGAAAAGCAAAGCAUAUCUUGAAAGGCAGGAGCUCAUGUCUGCUGUAGUGAGGUGGCUGUGCUGGCAAACUCCUCAGUCCAGCCUUGGAGAAGGAAUCUCAUGCUGGUGGAAUCCGAGUUGAAGAGAUCUGUAUUGUCAUUUCCCAGCCUCGGAUUGGUGGAGCUGCUGUAAUUUUCCUGCCAAGAGACUUUUGAAUUCCCACCCAACUCUAUUUAGAUUUGAUAUAUGAGAGAGAGAGACAGAGAGAGAAAAACAGAAAGAGAGACCUGGUGGGUGUGGCUUCCUAAUUAAAAUAAGAUGAAAUAUUUCCUUCUCUCUUGUAGAAGCUAUAGGAGUAAAGGUGAUGCUAGCUGGCCUAUCUCAUCUACGUAUUGGAGUAGUGUGUUGUACUCCACCCUCAAUAGCUUUCGGCUGCUUUAGAAGUCUCUGCCAUAAAAUCCUCAUUUCUUGAAUGCCAACUUUCCUCCAUUAGUAGUAAUUACUGGCAAAGCAGUCCCCAGACUCAGGUUCUGCAGUCACUCCUUGUUCAAAAUGUGCCCAUUCGAAGUUUUGUAUGGGGAUUACCUUGCUGGAUUGGACAAGAAAAUCCUCACCACUACAAACUGGAGCCUCACUAUUGACUGUCUUGCUUAUGAUGGUGCAGAAUAGUGGCUGAGAGCAAAGGCCCCACCUAGGAACUAGGCUUCCCUAUCCAUUCCCCAUUCCCAAGUAAUGAAGAAUAGUAGUCAUUUGCUGUUGCUGCUGUGUGUGGGACUGGGGUAUAUUUCGACCCCUCUCCCAAAUUUUCUUGGCAGCUUUCCGGUCUAGGAUCAAGGACCUGCUUAGUGUGUUUGUAUCCAUGUGUCUCUGUGUGCGUCUUGGCAAUUGAUUGCAGCCAGGAAACAGAGGGAAAAUUGUUCCUUAAUAAGACAAGAAAAAAGGGAGACCUCUGCUGAAUGCAGCUUUCUAUAAUUGGGAACUCUAGCUGAGUUUGGGCUGCCUUUGGGAAGCACAAGGACCUAAAUGAAGAAGCUAUGUAGAGCAGGAGAAUAUUUCCUUUUUUUUCUUUCCUGUGGUGGAGGAGACUGAGAAUUGUUUCCUAUUGGAGACAGGAUAGGGAUGUUUCCUUCCAUCCUGCCUCCUCAAAAUUUCUAUUGCCAAAGUUGCCUGUGAACCUCUCCAGAUUCAGCUAUAGUCCUGUAGCUGACAGUCCACCAAUUUUACUGCUAAAAUUGUUCUUCACCUUCUUUUAAUGGCCAUGAAUUAGAUCUAGUCUGUGUGUAUUUCUCUCACUAAAUUGCAGGGGAUUUCAUGAUUUAGUUUUUAUUUCAAGGGACAACUCCUCCCCACCCCCAAGGUCAAAUAAACUAAUGUAGAUCCAAUCCAUGACUCCUCGGAAGAAAAUACGGCUGGUCUCCCUGUGUAUUUCCCAAACGUUGGUAAAGCUGUGCAUUUUUAUAGCUAGAGCUGCUCUCCAGAUGUUAGUUCUUGGCUGCUAUUUGCUGUGCCUUCUUUUGUGAGCUCUCAUAGAAUAAAAAUGUGCUUCUAGACCAGAGUUGUCUGGUGAUGACUACGACAGUGAAAUUUAUCGGUGCGUCUUCAGCACCCAAAAUGGAUGGCCAGUGAUGGAAAUGAGAACCCAUCGCUGAAGUGUUUUGUGCUGACAAGAAGGCAACAUGUGACAGAGUUCAAAUAAAAAAAAAGUAUUUUCCUCUCA